AUGCACCAUGUUGUUCAAGAUCUUGCCUUGUGGAUUGUAGCGACAAAACAGACCAGGGCGCGUAAAGAGAAGUGGCUAGUGGACCAAAGAGAAUAUACCCGAGCAGACGUUUGGAGCACCGCUGAUAGAAUUUUCCUCUGUGGUGGUGAUAUUAAGGCAAUUCCUAGUUCUUGCAGCUGUGCUCACCUGUUAACAUUAAUACUAACAAACAAUGAGCAUAUUUCUGAGUUCCCAGCUGGUUUUUUCUCUGCCAUGAAAUCACUCAUUUAUUUGGACCUUUCUGGAAUACAGAUCCAAGAAAUACCAUCAGAAAUCGGAGCACUAACGAGCUUGCAGUUCCUUGAUCUUUCUCGGACACCAAUACAUUCACUGCCAGUGGAGCUGGGACUGUUGGAAGAUCUAAGGUACUUAUAUUUGGACUACGCUUUCCGUCUCAGAAAUAUACCAAAUGGUUUGCUAUCCAGACUGAAGAUGCUGAGGCUGUUAGGUUUAUACGGAUGUCAUGAUUUGAGAAUCGAUUGUUCAGCAGGAUACAUCGAAGAACUCAAAAGUCUAACUAGGCUGCGGGACAUUAGCUUUACAGUACAAGAUUCAGACUCCAUGUUGAUGGUCUGUAACUUGCCCAGAGCCUUUGUAAGCGGCCUCUGCAUUACAGAUCUUGAAGGCUUGCAAUCUCUUCAGAUAUCACCACUGCUCCUUACAAGUAGCAAGGCUAGACACAUGGAAGCUCUGUCACUGGAAAACAUCAAUCUUCUGGAGGAGCUAGUGAUAGGCCAGACCAAUAUAGACCCUGGUUGGUGCUUGCCAAGGCUAGAAACACUACUUCUAUAUAGUCUACUAGCACUUCAGAGGGUUGAGUUUAAAGGUAUUGAACCCAACACUUGCCUUUCAGGCCUCAGGAGAAUAUCCAUCUCACAUUGCGACAAGUUGAUGUCGAUCACAUGGAUCACAUGGCUGCCUUUCCUCGAAGAUGUAUAUUUGGGUAACUGUGACUUGAUAGUUGAGUUAGUGGCUAAAGAUGAAGAAGCUGAGUUGUCUGCCACAGGCUCCUUCCCUCGACUCAAGUUUCUGGAGUUACUUAAUCUGAAGAACCUACAUAGCAUCUGUGAUAGCAGAAUCACCUUCCCAUCGUUGAUGCGCUUGCUCGUUUAUGGUUGCCCCAUGCUAAUGAAGCUGCCACGGAACUUCGCGGGCAUCGAGAGCUCACCACUGAUAUUUAGCGAACAAAAAUGGUGGGAAAGUUUAGAAUGGGAGGAUGCUAGCUCACAGUCCUCUCUCCUUCCUUUCUUCAGAGAAGUGCCUGAAGGCUUCAGAGGAAGUCGACAAGAAGUGCCCAGGGCUUUACGCACUUUGUUCUUUCAGUCAAAAGCGAGACGUCAAUCAUGA